CUCUCUUUUCUUCUGUCUUGUUCAUGUCGACCAGUCGGGCGCCAAAGCCACGUGUUCCUUUUUAACCCGUGCGCUGAUUACCCUACUUGCCAAGUGAGACCACAAGUAAUUCUUGUGUCCUAACAUCCCAGGGAAACCAUGGGGUUCGUCAAAGUUGUAAAGAACAAGGCCUACUUUAAGAGGUUUCAAGUGAAGUUCAAGCGCAGGCGAGAGGGUAAGACUGACUACUACGCCCGCCGUAGGCUGGUUGUACAGGACAAGAACAAGUACAAUUCCCCCAAGUACCGCAUGAUCGUCCGGAUCACGAACCGCGACAUCAUCUGCCAGGUUGCGUACGCUCGCAUCGAGGGUGACGUGAUCGUGUGCGCCGCUUACGCUCACGAGCUGCCGCAGUACGGCGUCAAGUUAGGCCUAACCAAUUAUGCCGCCGCUUACUGCACGGGUCUGCUGCUGGCGCGCCGCAUGCUUCAGAAGUUCAAGCUCGACGAGAUCUACAAAGGCUGCGAGGAGGCCACGGGCGAGGACUACUGCGUCGAGAGCGAGGACGGGCAGCCAGGCGCCUUCCGCUGCUUCCUCGACGUAGGCCUGGCGCGCACCACGACGGGAGCUCGCAUCUUCGGCUGCCUGAAGGGAGCCGUGGACGGCGGCAUGGACAUCCCGCACAGCAACAAGCGCUUCCCGGGCUACGACAACGAGACAAAGGAGUUCAACGCCGAAGUUCACCGACGUCACAUCUACGGGCAGCACGUGGCUGAAUACAUGAAGGUGCUGCUUGAGGAAGACGAGGAAGCCUACAAGCGCCAGUUCGCGCGCUACAACAAGCUCGGAGUAACGGCCGACGAGAUCGAGGAGAUCUACAAGAAGGCCCACGCCGCCAUCCGCGCCGACCCGACGCACAAGCCCAAGGUUCCGCGCCCCAACGUCGAGAAGAAGAGGUGGAACCGUGCCAAGAUGACCCUGUCCGAGCGCCGGAACAGGGUUGCCCAGAAGAAGGCCUCCUACAUCAAAAAGCUAGAGGCCGGAGACGCCGACUGAAGGGCCAACGGCACGCCAUGGGCGGAAUAAAAGCGGUACUCGUUACCACUACAGUACA